AUGAUCGGUUUCAGCAGUUUUGAUCUACGGCAAUGGACGCUGAACGGCUCCCGAAUCAACGCACGCGUCUCGAAAGGCGCGCCGAGCGCCGCCCGGCCCCCGCUCGUGCUGCUGCACGGCUUCCCCGAGACGCACGUCAUGUGGCGCCGCAUCGCCGAGCAGCUGAAGGACGCCUACCACCUCGUGCUGCCGGACCUGCGCGGCUACGGCGACUCGGCGCAGCUGCCCGGCGACGCGGACCACGCCAACUACAGCAAGCGCGCGAUGGCUGCAGACGUGAUCGCCCUCUUGGACGAGCUAGGCAUCGAUUCUUUCUUCCUAUGCGGCCACGACCGCGGCGCGCGCGUCGCCCACAGGCUGGCGCUGGACCAUGCGGCGCGGGUGCGCAGGCUGUGCGUGGUGGACGUGGCGCCGACGCUCGACAUGCACGAGGCGACAGACGCCGCGUUUGCGCAGGCCUACUACCACUGGUUCCACCUGAGCCAGCCGUCGCCCCUGCCAGAGCGCAUGAUCGAGGGCUGGGCGCGCGAGUACCUGCACGCGAAGCUCGGCGGCUGGGGCGCCGGGGGCCUGGCCCACGUGGAGCCGGAGGCCCUGGCUGAGUACGAGCGCUGCUUCCUGCGGCCGGCGGCUUCGAGCGGCGGGCUGAUGCCGGCGGUGCACGCGGCGUGCGAGGACUACCGCGCGAGCGCGUGGGAAGGGAUCGACGUGCGGCACGACCGGGAGAGCCGCGCGGGCGGCGCCAAGGUGGCGUGCGACACGCUGGUGCUGCUGGGGGAGCGCGGCGUGGUCGCGCGGAUGUUCGACGCGCCGGCGCUGUGGCGGGCGGCGUGCUCGGGGGCGGUGGAGGCGGCGGCGCUGCCGGCGGGGCACUUUUUGCCGGAGGAGGUCCCCGAGCUGACAGCACAGGCACUUCGGGAGUUCUUCCGGUGA